AUGCAGCUGGACCCUCUUCCAGAGCAAGUCCGUGUCACCAUUUUUAUGGAAGGCCUUCGUACGGGGAUCGCGAGGACGGAAGUCUUCCGCGUCCACCCCUCAACGUUUGAAGAGGCUGUAGACAUAGCGUUGAAUGCUGAGUUCAACUUUAAAGCCGCUCGCUAUGGCACUCAUGGGCAUGCCCAAAGAUCAUUUGAUGGGGCUGAGCCCAUGGACCUCAGCCAUGCUGAAGAAGAAGAGAGAGCUCUUCUGGCUGUUGAACAGCAACGUAAAAUCCGUAGAUGUUACAUGUGCGGGAGCACCAAGCACUUGCGCCCUCAGUGCCCACUGCGGAAGCCGCUUCAAAGUCGGCCGAGCCGCAAUCCGCCUUCUAACCCAAAAGUGGGUACGGAGCGGGAAAACGGCAACUCCCAGUAG